AUGUGGCAAAUUCUAUUGGCUGCUGCUGUAGCCGGAUCCACAGCUUUCGUCGCAAAGCGAUUCCUUAGCCUCAUCAACACCCAACAAACCCAGCAAUGCAAUGAGGACAAAGCAGUUCAAACGACAGUGAAUUCCGUUGACAAUGUCAAUCUCAUGUUCCUAAGCAAGUCCCACGAAUCUGUGAUAGAAACCUGUUCUAGUAAUAGUUCGGAAUUGCUGAGACAAGGUGGGUCUAAUAAACACGUGAUGGGUCGCCGAGGGUCUAAGAACGGAAUCAGAAUUGCAAAGGUUGAACUGGGAUCAGUCGCUGAAGUACGAUCGGAGCGUAGGAACGGUGGAAAGAGGUUUCCUUUGUGUUCCAAUAGGAGAAAAGCCAUGAAGAAUAUAGCUCGGAAAAAUGCAUUUUGUUCUUCUAAAGCAAGCACCUUAUUUGGUUGGGGAGUUAGCUUUGGUAUCAUGUGCAUGAUGCCUGGAAAAGCUGAGAUCAAUGAACUGACUAAGAUCGUGAGUAAGACAACAAAAGUUGUUGAGGAACUAAAAUCUGAGCUCAACAGAAGAAAAUCAUUACUUGCUUUAGAUUAUGUUGGCAAUACUGGUAUAGAUUCUUGCAAAAUGAGUGCCAUGGAUGAUGCAAUAAUGCUCAAGAAGACAAAGAGUGAACUCGGAGACACUGAUAUCAAAUUUUGGAGUUUCCCGGUAAUUAAUAAUGGCGAAUGUGAAAGUAGUUCUCUUACAGACGAGUCAGAUCCGCUGAUUCUGGAAAUGGAUCAACUGGAAGCAGAACUCGAAUUUGAACUCCAAAAGCUUCCUGGGCAUACUAUUGACACUAAUUGCCAAGAAGAAUUAUGGCCAAAAUUAGAUGAGGUUAAAGAUCCAAAUGAAGGUUGUGAUGAAACAGAUGAGUGGAAUUUCAACUCUUCUCAACACCGUGGAAUAUCACCAUACGAACUGAAUCAGAAACUAUGUCAGUUGCUGAUAGAACAGCAAGAAAACCAGAUUGCGGAUCUGGAAUCUGAGCUAAACCUGGCUCAAUCUAAACUCUAUGAGAAGGAAGCUGAACUACAGGCACUAAAGAACUGUGUCCGACUCCUUACUGAUUUUGAACUACCUCUAUCAACAGAUUCAGGCAUGAUUGUUUCUACUCUUGAUCGCCUCUCUUUAAAGUCAAUAUUGCUUUGUUUCCUUAAAGAUGUUGAAAUUGAGGCUCACAAGGGAGCCAACGAUUGGGACUCUAAUACUAUGGACACGGAGUCAAAGCAAUCAGUUGGUGGAGUGAAAAGAUCUGUUGAUUCUGAAUCAUGUUCUUAUUACCCAAGAAGUGACUCUGAUGAGUCUGAUCUAUAUGGGCAUACAGGGUAUUAA